AUGGAUGCGUUCGAAUCCGUCUCCAUAGCAUACUUUGGGCGGUCCGUUCAGGAUAAGAAUCUCGAAGCAGCUGGCUUCCGCCUAUACCCCCGUGUGCUGCGGAGUUUGCAGCAGGCGUUGCAAGAUCCCCAGCGCAGCAAGGCUGAGUCGACUCUAGUGACGGUCACCCUCUUAAUGGCUUUUGAGAGUGUGGAACGAACUACACAAGUGUCGCUGAUUGCUCAUGUCCACGGUGCACUGCGACUGAUUGAGCAUCGAGGACCAGAGAAUCACAUACAUGGUGUGGAGCAUUUGCUGUAUACCGAGCUGCGUCCUUAUUGGGUCGCUGCGGCCAUUGUCAGUCGAACUCCCUCCGCCCUCGCAAGUGCAGACUGGAUCAACCUGCCUUGGUCAGCUAACCCUGACCGAAGAGACAUCCUGCAUUACUUGCUAGACCUGGCGGUUGAGAUUCCUGCUCUGCUUUGGCAAUUCGAUGACAUCGAGGCUACCCUCAAAUCGAACAUGUACAGUGCACAUGAGAUUAGCAUGAAGCAAGCCUCACUGUGGAGCGGUGUCGCUGACCUAACAAACCGCUUCCGCCAAUGGAAAGUUCAAUGGGUUGAUAACAACCCGGACGGGCCACCCCAAGAAGUGGAAGUCUCACCGGACGACCCAUUCCCUCGAUUCCAUUGCCGGGACUUUCGCACCGGAGGUAUAAUCACACCUCCAAUGUUUGUCUAUCGGGACCUCCGGCUCGCACAAACCAUGUGUCUUUAUUACUCUACGCGAUUAAUUCUCUCGUCCGCUGACACGCGACCAACGGAUCGCGUUGGACCUUUGGAACAAUACUCCUUGGGUUGUGGCAUCUGCCGCUCCUUGGAAUGGUACAUAGUCAAUGCCCCAGGAAACAUGAUUAACCGACUUGCGUUUCCGGUCAGGGUGGCCUGGGAGGUGUUCCCGGAUGGAGGACCGGAACGGCAGUUCAUGUACGAGGUGUUGAAACUGGUUGAGAAGCGACAUGCCCUAGGCCUGUGGGGGAGCAACAUGUCCGAGAUUUCUCCUCGGGCCGGACCCCCACGGAGUCAGUCCCCUGAGAUGGCUACAGGAGCAUGA